AUGUCUGACGGUAUUACUGACAUUGACGAGAACCAAAUCCAAUCUACUUACGACAAGGUUGUGUAUUCCUUCGAUGAUUUGAAAUUGAAGGAAGAAUUGUUGAGAGGUAUCUUUGGUUACGGUUUUGUCGAACCAUCUGCCAUUCAACAACGUGCUAUUCUGCCAAUUAUCGAAGGUAAGGAUGUUUUAGCUCAAGCUCAAUCUGGUACUGGUAAGACUGGUACUUUCUCUAUUGCUGCUUUGCAAAACAUUGAUGAAAAGAUUAAGGCCCCACAAGGUUUGAUCUUGGCUCCAACCAGAGAAUUGGCUUUGCAAAUUCAAAAGGUUGUUAUGGCUUUGGCUAUCCACAUGGACGUUAAGGUCCAUGCUUGUAUCGGUGGUACUUCUUUGCAAGAAGAUUCCGAAGCUUUGAGAGGUGGUGCUCAAAUCAUUGUUGGUACUCCAGGUCGUGUUUUCGAUAUGAUCGACCGUAGAAUCUUCAAGACUGACAACAUCAAGAUGUUCAUCUUGGAUGAAGCCGAUGAAAUGUUGUCUACUGGUUUCAAGGAACAAAUCUACAACAUUUUCACCAUGUUGCCACCAACUUCCCAAGUUGUCUUGUUGUCUGCUACCAUGCCAGGUGAUGUCUUGGAAGUCACUUCCAAGUUCAUGAAGGACCCAGUCAGAAUCUUGGUUAAGAAGGAUGAAUUGACCUUGGAAGGUAUUGGUCAAUACUACGUUAACGUUGAAGAAGAACAAUACAAGUACGACUGUUUGACCGAUUUGUACGAUUCUAUCUCCGUUACCCAAGCUGUUAUUUUCUGUAACACCAGAAGAAAGGUCGAAGAAUUGACCGAAAGAUUGAGAGAAAACAACUUCACCGUCUCUGCUAUCUACUCUGAUUUGCAACAACAGGAAAGAGACACCAUCAUGAAGGAAUUCAGAAGUGGUUCUUCAAGAAUUUUGAUCUCCACUGAUUUGUUGGCUAGAGGUAUCGAUGUCCAACAAGUCUCUUUGGUUAUCAACUACGACUUGCCAUCCAACAAGGAAAACUAUAUCCACAGAAUCGGUAGAGGUGGUCGUUUCGGUAGAAAGGGUAUUGCUAUCAACUUCGUCACCAAUAAGGAUAUCGGUGCUAUGAGAGAAUUGGAAAGAUUCUACUCUACUCAAAUUGAAGAAUUGCCAUCAAGCAUCAGCGAAUUGUUCGAUUAA